UUGCGUCAUCUCUAUGCGACGACUACUCUCGCAAGUAGGCGUGUAGGAGGAGGAAAGAUGGCGCCAUCCCCAACAAAGAGGAAGGAGGAUGACAAGAGUAAGCAGCGAGGUAAGGAGAAGUCAGGAGCCACCAAAGAGGGAGCUGACAAAGACCGGGGCCGAGAGAAGAACCGCACACGGCGCAGCGCUUCCAGUGGGAGCAGCAGCUCCAGCUCCAGCAGCAGCUCAGGCUCCAGCUCAGGCUCCUCCAGUGGCUCCAGCUCCUCUGCCUCCAGCCACUCAGGCUCAUCCAGCUCCCGCUCCUCUUCCUCCUCCUCCUCGUCCUCACCGAGCCCCAGCCGCCAGCGCCACAACAACAGACGACGAUCACGCUCCAAGUCAAAGUCAGCAAAGAAGGAUGAAAGGGACCGGCGACGUCGAAGCCCCACGCCCAAACCCACGAAGGUCUACCUGGGCCGGCUGACCAGAAAUGUUAUCAAGGAACACAUCCAGGAGAUCUUCUCUACUUACGGCAAGAUUAAGAUGAUUGACAUGCCCAUGCACCGCGUCCACCCUCACCUGUCCAAAGGCUACGCCUACGUAGAGUUUGAGACACCCGAGGAGGCAGAGAAGGCCCUGAAGCACAUGGACGGAGGUCAGAUUGACGGUCAGGAGAUCACAGUCACGGCUGUGCUGACUCCUACAGUGCGCCCUCCCCCUCGCAGGCUGUCGCCUCCACGCAGGAUGCUUCCACCACCAAUGUGGCGACGCACUCCACCUCGAAUGAGGAGAAGGUCUCGGUCUCCACGGCGACGCUCCCCAGUGCGUCGCAGGUCACGAUCACCUGGCCGUCGUCGUCACCGGUCACGCUCUAGUUCCAACUCUUCCCGCUAGUGAAACGGAAACCCCUCCUCCGCUGACCUGGACAUUACGGUCAAUCAUACGCCACUGAAUGAUGAGAACAUGGACGCCAAUAUCAUGACUGUAUUCCAGAGUAAAUUUUAUUUUAGCCUGUGUUUGAAAAUGAGCCUAAAAAUAGGUGGUCUGAAACGCACACAGUGUGUUAUCAUCAGAUACUAUCAUCUGCUGGGAUCCCGUGAUUCAUUCUAGUGUCUGUGUUCUUACCACUGAACCAGUAAGUUGACUAAUGACUUUAAAACUGUCUUAGAAUAAUCCCACAGUACAAUAUGGCAAUCAGUGUCCUCUGAAGUCCAUCUGGCAGAGCCCAGGUAUUCACUUUUAGUGCUGUCCAGUGUAAUGCAUUACUAUGACUGAGUUACUGAUUUUAAAAGAUGCUACUGGUCAUAAUUUAGGUUUAAAUCAGUACUCUAGUUUAAACCUGUCUCUUCUGUAACCCUCCUCUUCUUUUGCGACCGAUGGUCCAGCAUGACUUCUUACAGGAAAUCACAAUUACAAAGGCAGCUACACAAGUGAGUCAUGUAAAGUUAAAAUCCCCCUUUUUAGACAUGUUACUUGUAUUAAUAACAAUAUUUAUAAUAUUAUAUUGUAUUUAACAUACCCCAUAACAGUUAUAAAAAGAUGAAAAGGUGCUGAAAGCAGAUCUACUCUUUGUCCCUCAUUGAAAAAUUGGCUUACUUUCUCCAGAGCUGCUCUUGCAAGACUGGUGAAAGAGCAGUAUACAUCAAGAUGGCUAGCGUUGCUGUUAAAGGCAGACGUGUGGACUCAAGUCACAUAGCUUGGACUCGAGUCACAAAUUGGAUGAGGCCAGACUCCACUUGACAAAAUCAAAAAAGACUUGCAACUCGACUUGGACUUUAAUCAGAAUCAGAAUCAGCUUUAUUGGCCAAGUACGUGUGCACAUACAAGGAAUUUGACUUUGGUAAACUUUGCUCUCGGUGUACCAGUAUUGACAUUAAGUACUCAAAAUUAGACAAAGAAAGUGGAAGUAGAACUACACUAAACUAAAUUCAUAAUUCAGUAAAGUAAUAUUCACAAGCCCUAAAUAUACGUCAAAUAUACAUCUGUGAGGUAAAUAGUGCACUUGUGUGUUGUCAAACAUUGGGAAUAGAGCAAAGAUUGGGAGUUCAUCAGAGUGACAGCCUGGGGGAAUAAACUGUCUUUGUGACGGCUAGUAUUGGCGAACAGUGCUCUGUAGCGCCUACCGGAGGGGAAGAGUUUAAACAGUUUAUGUCCGGGGUGUGAGGGGUCUGCAGAGAUGUUGCCUGCCUGUUUCCUGACCCUUGACCUGACCCUUAACACCAAGGACUCAAGUAGGGCUGCACCUGACAUAGAAUUAUGCUGGCCAAAUCAGAUUUGGCUGUUCAAUAUUCAUGUUCAGCUUUUCGCUCCUUUAUUUUUUUAACCGUAAGGAGUCUGAGGGUUUGAAGAGGGUACAGCUGGAUGUUCAGUGUCACAGUGACAUUCACGUAAUAUAGUAAACAAGCUAACCACGCUAAGGAUGACUGAAACAGUAUUUUUUUUCCCCCGACACUAUAUCAAACAAAAGCCAGAGACCGUUUCAUAUUAUGUUUCUGUAGGCUGUAAAUUCAACACUUCUUCGCAAAAGGCAAAAGAUAAGGUGAUUUCGGAGCCUUACUGAGCGAAGCCUCUCCUCCGGGCAACUGCCUCUGUGUAUGUAGCAGCCUGAAAGUGAAGAGAGCUCGCAGCCAAAUCAGGGACCAAAACGACCCCUGAUUUUGAAGAAGUUCAAAGCACACUGAGUGGCAAACAAAAAGCCUGCUUGACUUGAAGUAGUCUCAGUUGACUGAGGUGUCUCCGACUGAUGGUUCAAAUCUCCGACUUCGAGGGAGCAGACGUACCCCCAGGGCAAUAUAAGGGGGGGAGUUAUAGACAUUUUUCCAGUAUAAGAUGAGAUAGAUACAAGACAGGACAGAAACACAGAGAAUUAAUUCUGUUGCGGUAGUGGUUAAUAGUGUUAAAAGUAUCAGCACUACUUUUAUUCUGAUUAAGUUCAGUUGCCAUUGUUUGAACAAACUUGUUUUAAAUAGUAAAUAAAAUUUUUAAAAAGUAUUUAUGAUUUUUGUAAAUCUUAUCAUUACUCCUAUAAAAUGGCAUUAAAUUUGGUGAAAAGCGCGUUAUGACUUGUUUGGGACUCGAAACUCUUAGGACUUGUCCGUCUUGACAUUAGACUUGACCCAGGAUUUGAGUGCACAGACUUGAGACUGACUUGUGACUUGUAAAACAGUGACUUGACCCGACCUCUGGUUAGAGGAAACAUUGGAGAAAUUCAGCCAUACAUGUCUGGGCCUCAGUCUGACAAAAUCAGCAACUAGCAAACGUAUUAGAAUGUGAAGUGUAGUUAGCAUCUUUAACUUUUUUUAUGUUGCUCAUUAGCUUGUAGGCUAACUGGCAGUGGCUGACAUAGUGUUAGUGUUUGUGAAUAACAGUAAUAAUGCUAUGAUGGGGGUGUUGGUGGGUAGUGGAAGGAAGCUCCAGGCUCCAGUUUACAUCCAAAAACUGCACUGUUGCUAUGCUAACGUUCGCUAUGCUAAUGCUAACUCUGCUCUCUGUACUGAAAAGUGCUGUCUUCUGGAGGUUUCAGGUUUCUUUGCCAGUGUCGAAGUCUGUUCCCUGUCGAUAUGUGUUUCUGAAUUAGACCGUGACUGGCUUUCAUAUUAGUAACAUACCUAAUCUAGCUUACUCGGCGAACAUUUUAUCUCAGAUUUUAGGGAAAUCCACAUACAUUUACCCUCUUAGCAGUAGAAACACCUCAACAGUGACAAACUUUGCACAGAUACAAGUCAGUAUAAUCAAGGUCAGCCAUUUAGGAAACCUAAGUAUAGGAAAAACCCAUCUUUGAAAGGAGGGGGAUUUUACUACCAGUAAGCAGUACAUGUCUGCUUCUACAGAAAUCUCAAAACGACAGUCAUUUCUACAUUGACUGUAUAAAGAGGUCACAAGGUUAUUGUGUGACUCACUGGUCCAUCAGGAAUGUCUUUUCUUUUUUUUACCCACCUGAUUUGUAUGUGUCACACUGUGACCUCCCGAUCCAGAAAUUUGUGGUUUUAGUGAGACCUGUGUGUGUGUGUGCUAUUUUAUAUAGCUGGCUGAGUGUGUUUAAACUCAUGGCGUGUUAAUAAAGUUCAUAGUUUGGACUCUGGAAAA